UCAGUGGGUUGGUCAGACCCCAAAGAUACAGGCACUCUGCUUCAACUGCAGCUUGAGAAGCUCCAAACACCUUCAGGGAAAACACCAGUCGGCCGUGUGUUUGUGCAGCAGAAUGGGCUCCAGCAGCUCCAACAUGAACAAUAUCCCAAACUCCUGGGAGCUGAUGCAGGAAACAGGCUUCUCUGCUGCCCACCUCUUUCGUCUCCACGAGAGGUUUAAGUUUAUGGACAAAGACAAGAAAGGACACCUCAGGCCAGAGGAUUUUGAAGCCGUUCAGGAGUUAUCCACCAACCCCAUCGGAGACCGAAUCAUCAGCUCUUUUUUCUCUCCAGGACAGGAAACAGUGGACUUUCCCUCCUUUGUUCGUGUUCUGGCUCACUUUCGUCCCACUGAGAAAAACCGGAGCAGAGAUGACACUCAGCCGGAGCAGGCUAACAGCAGUAUGGGGAAACUCAAAUUUGCGUUCCAGCUGUACGAUCAGGACAGAGAUGGGAAGAUUUCUAGAGAGGAGCUUCUUCAGGUUCUGCGGGCGAUGCUGGAGAUGCAGGUGACGGAGGAGCAGCUGCAGAGCAUGGCAGAGCGAGCCAUCCAGGAGGCCGACUUGGACAAAGACAACGCUAUUUCCUUUGAUGAGUUCAGAAAGUCACUGGAGAAAGUGGACAUCGAUCACAAGAUGAGUAUUGGCUUCAUGAAAUGAAGACUCAAACAAGACGUUCUUUUAUUUUCUGAGAAAACCAGACAAACGUUCAACCUGACAUAUGGAAGAAGACA